GAGUAAAGCGCGAGGGAACAGCGGGGAAACGGGCAGAAGGGGGAAAGCAAAGCCCGGGCGGAGAGAAGAGCACAGCGGCGCUACAGUAACGUAUUCCGCCCCGCUCUCUGUUACAGAGUUAAUGAGACCCGGGACCGUUUAUUCUGAAGUUAAAUAACCUUCUUUAGGACUCUGUCGCUGCUUCGCGAGGCUGUGUGAGCUACCAGAGCCGGGGCUAAGUUGAGGAGACGGAUGGUGGUGGUGAUGCUUGCGGCCGAAGACCCUUCCGCGGAUGGGCCUUUGGCCUCUACGCCACGCAGAGGUAUGGACUGUGUGGACAAAGCAAGUGCUGCCACCAAGAAGCUUGUGCAAGCCCGUCUUCCCUUCAAACGACUUAACCCAGAACCCAAGGAGACUAGGGAGAAGAAAAGAACAAGAACUGGACCGGCUGCUCCCCCUACCCAUGAAUCCAGUGCUUUGGAUAGAGAGAAUAAAGAAGAUGAACCCUCCCUUCCCUUGCAACGUAGACCUGCUUUGGUUAAUGGGCGUGGGCCCCUUGAUUGUUUCAUGAGUAGGAAAAAACGUACUCCAGUUAGCUCUUCUUCAUCUCUAAUGAUUGACUUAACAGAGGAAUCAAACUCCACUGAUGCUCUUAGAGAACAGCCAUCUGCUCCUGUAGAUGCCUCUUACCCAGUUACAGGCAAUUCUAAAUCAAGCAUUCAGGAUGCCGUGCAGGAACCAAUCCCAGAAACUGCUUCUGCUGUCCCCCAGUCACCAGAAGAAGUAGAAGAAGAAGACGACGAAGAAAAUAUGGAAACAGAUGAAGCAGAGGACAGUGUUACUCUCCCUCAAAUGGACCUCACUAUGGAAUCUGAGACUGAGCAAGAGGAGCAGGAGGAGGGUGAAGUGAGCCAAAACGACACUAUGCAGUCCCCUGUGUCCGCCAGCUCUGUAUCUCUAGAGAGCUCACCAGAACCCAACAAGAGCACACCAGUCACUCCUGCCUCAGCGCCAAGGACUGAUGCUGAGCAGAAAAAAGCGAAAAGACGCUCCCUCAAGAGUGCCCAGGAAAUGGAAGAGAAGCAACGACAACGGGAGGAGAGAGAGCGUCUGAAAGAGGAGGCUAGAGCUGCCAAAGAAAAGAAGAGGGAGGAUGCGCGCAGACUGAAAGAGGAGAAAGAAAAAGAGAAAAAAGAAAAGAGAGAAAAAGAUGAAAGGGAGCGACGAGAGAAAAAGGAAAGGGAUGAUAAAGAGAAGGCAGAGAAACAGCGUGCAAAAGAAGAGCAACGUAAAGUGAAGAUAGAGGCUAAACUUGAAGAGAAAAGAAAGAAGGAGGAGGAAAAACGGUUGAGAGAAGAGAAAGAUCAAAUCAAAGCUGAAAAGGCUGCAAUCACCAGAUUCCUACAGAAAUCCAAGACUCAGUUAGCACCAAAGACACUGGCGUCUGUCUGUGGGAAAUUUGCACCUUUUGAGAUCAAAGAGCAUAUGAUACUGGCACCACUGACUCGAGUUCAGUGUGAUGAUUCGGUUCUGGAGGAGCUGGAUCAGUACCUGGCUGAACCAGGGGCUGCCCUAAAUGGCUUGAAGGAUUGGUUGUCCCACAAACCUCGCAAGUCAGGCCCAACCAAAAUCGGGCGCACAAACACGAUGAGCGAGUGUCUAGAGGUCACUGAUGACGUAAAACCAGAUGUUCCUGACCGCAAACGCUAUGGCCGCAUGAAGCUUCUGCAGUUUCAUGAAAACUAUCGUCCUGCAUACUGGGGAACCUGUAGCAAAAAAAGCAACCACAUAUCCCCUCGUUGUCCUCUAAGGCAAGAUAAGGACUUAUUGGACUAUGAGGUGGACAGUGAUGAUGAAUGGGAAGAGGAGGAGCCAGGAGAGUCUCUAUCACACAGUGAGGGGGAUGAUGAUGAUGAAGCAGGAGAGGACGAUGACGACGAUGAUGGGUUCUUUGUCCCACAUGGUUAUCUUUCAGAUGGGGAAGGAGCACUUGAAGAUGAGGAGGGCGGUGACCUUGAAAAACAGAAGGUGCGUCAGAAACUGAAGGCUCGAGAGUGGGAUGAGCUGAUGACUAAGAAAAAGCUCAAGGUCCUGGAGGCAGUAGUAAAGGGCUGCAUAUGGGAGGAGGACGAGCCUUCAGUAGAAUUUCUAAAGCCUUUUGCUGUCUGCAUGCUGGAGCCUCUGCCCAGAGAUGAGCCCAGCACACCGGAAAAUGAUGCAGUACGCAAACAGAAAAAAGAACAAUUACUCUCUCUGUUGCUUCCUUUACUGCAUGGCAAUGUGAACAGCAGUAAAGUGAUAAUCUCGGAGUUCCAGGAGUUUUGUCGUCAGCAGAUGGCAUCACCCAGUGGCAGCCCUCAGAAUGUUGACAACAUUCCCCCUAGGAUUCACGUAAAGCGUCUCAUGAAGGAGAAUGCAGUGUAUGAAAAGCGCUCAACCUACAGGCGCUGCUGCUGGUACGUGCAUGCCGAAGUCUUGGCACGCUUUGGACAGGAGGCUCUGUCUGUGCCUUGCAAAUGGUCCUACCUCACCUCUGGAGCCCACGUGACCAGAGACGAGCCUACAGGGCAGUUGCCAGGGUCGCAGAACACUUCUCCUAGUGCACCCCAGUCCUCAUCCACUACACCUUCUAACAGAAGGAAGAGUGCCAGUAACCACUCCAUCACCAAAUACAUGAAGAAAUGUACUGACCCUGAACAGACUGAUGCAAUGGAAACAGAUGGAUUUCAAGCUGACACUGAAGAUGAUGAGGAUGAGGACUGUGUUAUAUUGUGUGAACAGUCUGGAUCUUCUGAACAAGACUGUCAAACAUCCACAACAGAAGCCAAGACCACAGAACCAGUGGACAUCAGCGAUACUGCUCUGUCCCUCCCCUGCCCUACACCAGCCACCGCCUGAGAACACCUGCUUUGUUCAUUGCGUGGUGCGUAUGUGAGGCUAAAGAAAUCUAGUCUACAAUCAGUGGGAACAUGAUUAUAAAGGCCCAUACGUUGAGCAGUCAUGCCAUUGAAAUCUUAAAUUAAGCAUCCGAUAAUUAAUUGUAAAAUACUACCAGUGGACAAUUUUAAGCUCAAAAAGCUCUUUUGAAGAGGCAGCUGUGGUUGAUUCUCUGUCCCAUGGAUGAUGAGUGGUGGUGGACUUACGUACGAACAGACUCUGUAGGCUCUGCUGGUCCUCAGCGGUCCACACAUCACAACUUCGUAAUACCCGGGCUUCUAUUCAUAAAGCUUUUCAGAACACAGGUGCUACUCUAGAGUCUUUUGUCAGUAAGGUCAUAAUAAAGAAGUGGAAUCUGAUCCUAGAACAGCACUUGUGCUUAAUGAAGCUUAAUGAGUAUGAGUUCAGGUGUAAUAGCUGUCUGCUGGACUUGUAGCUCAGUGUCAGCUCAGUGUUUUAUUGCAUAAAGUAUAUAUAUAUAUGUUUUCUUUUUUUCCAGAAUACUUGAACUGGGUUAUUUCAUUAAAAAAGUGAUUGUUAAAAAUGUAUCGCACUUUUAUAUGCCUUUACUUAUCCACAUCUUGUCUCACAUGUAUGCCUGACAAUGUUCGGUUGGAUUUACUCUUUUAGUCUCUUGGAGUUUUUGUAAAAAGGAAAAAAAUGACCCUGCAAGUGCUGUUUGUUCUCCAAGCUGCUAAACACGGUGUAAAUAAUAUUUCAAACCUCUAUAAUGUAAUGUUGACUAAUGGUUUAGAGGUGGAAAUGUUAAAUGCCCGUCCAUAAAGGAAAAAAAAAUUCAACAUUAAA